GAGAUGCUUGCUCACCCAGACACUUCUUCGGAUCGUUGGGUCAAGUCGAGUGUGAUAAAACAUUUACCCGAGCCAGCGGAAACGUAAUAUCCAAACUAAUACGCUCUUUCAAGAAAGGAGGGAACUGACUUCACUGACCAGUCAGGUUAUGAGGCGAUAUUGCAAAGGCUACAAGAUGGCCGACACAUGUGCAAAGAUGUAGAAGAACUGCUGAAAAUGAGAGCACUAGCGGAGGAGAAGUACGGACGUGAUCUGGUGGCAAUUGCUCGAAAGGCAGAAGGCCAAACUGAGAUCGGAACUCUGAAGGCGUCAUUUGACAAGUUUAAAGAGGAGAUCGAGAAGACAGGAAACCUGCACAUCCAACUAUCUGAAAGGAUAAAGGAGGAAGUUCUGAAAAUAGAGGUUUUUCGAGAACACCAGAGGGAACAGAGAAAAAAGCUUGAAGAGAUUAUUGAAAAACUUCAGAAGCCGAAAAUGGUGUUGCAUAAAAAGACCAUGGAGUCAAAACGAUUAUAUGAGCAGAGAUGUAAAGAGGCUGAUGAAUCUGAACAAGCACUGGGAAAGAAAACAAAUGUGAACACCUCCACUCAUCGCCAGUCAGAAAAAGUGAUGAACAGAGCCCGGUUAUGCAGACAAGCAGCCAACCUUGCAGAAAAGCAGUACAGAUGGAAUGUUGAUCAACUAGCGAAAACCUGCCAGGACUGGGAGAGCACAUACCGGAGCGCAUGUGAGGUGUUCCAGCAGCAGGAGUCUGAGCGCAUUAAUAUCUUGCGCUGUGUGCUAUGGGAGCAUUGCAAUCUGCUGUCCAAGCAGUGUGUCCAGGAUGAUGAUUGUUAUGAGGAGGUAAGGAAGAUUCUAGAGCAGUGUGACAUCGUUGCUGACAACAAUAACUUCAUUAAGAUGAAAAAGACUAGCAGUCAUCCCCCAGCUCCUAUUGAGUUUCAGUGUUACUCUGAUGCGGACACUAAUGGAGGAGUCAGGAGGAUCGAAACCAACAGAUUAUCUGUCGUGCUCUCAGGGAUGUCUUUCAGUGGGUUUCCUGAAGCAGGCAAUAAUUCUGGUGCAAAAUACACACCUGACCAACAAAGGAUAGGAGUGACUGAGGAAAAGUACAUGGUGUUAUAUGAAUUUAAAGCUCAGGAAGAUGAUGAGUUGUCUAUCAGUAAAGGACAAGUUGUGACAAUAACAGAGAAAGGUGAGGAUGGGUGGUGGAAAGCGUGGUGUAAUGGAGUGUCCGGGCUGGUUCCUGGAACAUACUUGACCAAAAUGUCACCGAACAGUUCACGCCUUGCUGCUGCCCAUCCUGAACAUAAUCCUAUCAAAUAGAGUUUAGUAGUCUUUACACCAAGUCUUUCUAAAUUCUAAUAGAGGUUAUAGAAAUUAUUAACUGUCCUGACAGCACUUUUUUAAGGUCAUGUGCACACUGCUGCUAAUUUUGUUUGUCAGUUCACCUUUUAGUGCUUAGCUGUAUUCUCUUCACACCAAUAGUAAUUUACUAAUGUAAGUACAGCAUUAAGUAAUCACAUUGGCUGCAGCUAUAAGCAAGUUUCUAGAGUGACAUGCGCUGUGAAUCUAAAUUAUUAACAAGUACAGAAUGUGAGUCUGCUCUGAAAUAACAACGGUCAGCAGUGUUACGGUAUGUUCGCACCAAAUAUAAAUAUAACAAAACAUA